GUAUUGAAAUUGCAACGAAAAAUGCAACAGAUAUUCAAGUAUUGAAAGCAGCCACUCCACAAGGGAGGGAAGAGAAAGUUCACACAAUUCAAGAGGUCAAACCCAAGAAAACGAACCAGAAUAAACAGAGAGGUUCUGGUAGUCAUGGAAACCACAGUGGUAACAACCAAGGUAAAAUACCAGCUCUUAGUAAAUUUACCUCUGUGCUCAGUACAUAUACUGGUGAGAAAAUCAGAGUAUUGGGUGCAAUGAAUGUUCAUGCUAGGUAUGAUAGUCAAAGUGCUACUGUUCCAAUCCUAGUAGUUGAAGGAUGUGGUGCAAAAUUAUUAGGCCGAAAUUGGUUGAAGGUAUUCAAACUAAAAUGGGCUGAUAUUUGUCAUAUUAAGAGUUCACAGUUUCAUGAAACACUGGUGGACAAGUAUGCUGAAGUCUUUCAAGAAGGGUUAGGCACUGUUAGGAAAAUGUUCGGGAAAAUUCAUGUAGACCCAAAUGCCCAACCAAAAUUCUUCAAGCCUCGCCAAGUACCAUAUGCGAUGAAAGCAAAAGUUAACCUAGAAUUGGAUCGACUUCUCUGUGAUGGAAUCAUAGAGCCAGUUGAGUUCUCUGACUGGGCCACACCUAUUGUCCCUGUUCUGAAGGGUAAUGGAAAUGUCCGUAUUUGUGGGGAUUAUUUGUAA